AUGCACUCUCUUUUUCCAACCAUCAAUUCAUCAAUCGAACUACUCAAGUUCAGCACUACCCUCAGCUCACCAUCUCCGCCUGUCGCCUCUCAGUUGAAGCAUCGCUACAUCACCCUUCGCAACACAACACUGGGGCCCUCCGGCGAUUCAAUACUCACCACCUUUCUCGCCACCAUGAACUUGGCCAACAUGGUCCACUUGGAGGAUGACGAUGAAACCGAGCGACUUAAUCCCCCUGGCUGGAAGGACUUCAUUCCGAUUGUCAGACUUCUCAUUGUUCCAUACAAUCCCAUCAUGGAAUUCGCAAGGAAUGCUGGUCCCAACAGCACAGCCAAUGGUGUAUUUCUAUCCCUCUAUAUCACCUUUUGGUUGGGGAUCUUUAUCUUCUUCUUCUGCAAGGGAUUUCUGGAUGAGACGGCCGGGGACACCAUUGCGUUCAGCUCUAUCCUCUGCUAUCUGGUGGCAGGAUUCUGCUAUUCCUUUAUUCUGAUAGCGAAUCAGUUGAGGCGUGAGCUCCGGCAUGAUACAAGGUGGACGACAUCCGAACACAUGAACAGACUAUUGAGCGGCACGUGGUGGUGCUUCACUCUGUUCGUCAGAUUUCUCUUCACUCCUUACAUCCGCAUCAUCAACCAGGACAUACAAGGGAUACUGGGAAUGGCUUAUUACACAGCCAUGGGCCUUUGCCUCGCCAUGCUCUACGUGGGAUGCCCUUUCUUUUUUGUCGGGGCCCUCCUGGAUCCUCCGUUCAACGAGAUAAGACGGGAUUAUUGGGGGCUUUCUCGCCUUUGCUUUUUCGCCUCUUCUGCUCUCUACUGUCUGGUCCUUGCGACUACCGGGCACUCCGGUCGCCUUCUCUGGCGGUACUUUACUGCUGUCAUCAGAUUCCUGCUCACUCCAUAUAGCUUCCUCGUCGCCGAAGCAGGAGGAUCCGGGAUCGUUCUCACAGUUCAUGCUAUUUUUGUUUGCCUCCUCGUCACAUGGUUCCUUCUGCUGUCGGCUUGGUUGUUUUACCUUGCUCUUCUGGAUCCCUGUAUAAGCGAUGCGAACAGGAUCGGCUUGUGGUUGGCCUCCAUCGUCUCCCUUCUUGUUGCUGCUUGCAUGUACGUUCUUACCCUUGCAACGGCGAUUGGGUCCACAAUGGAAUACUGGCAUCUGGAGAAGGUACUUAUCACUUCCCUCCUUGGGCGGCUGGGUAUUGAGCCGAGAGCGAGCUCGCUGAAGCCUAACCCCAAGCGUCAACGGGAAUCCUCCCCGGCCCCCUCCGAGACGAUGGGUACGGCAUCUGAACCAAACCCUACCACGAAUCCCCUCAUCUCAGCCCAUGACGAUCAGCUUCUUAGGGGCUAA